GACAAAAUUCUCCCUUCCGACCCAGCGCCCGGUUUUUGAGAGCUGACAGACGGUUCAAACACUGAGCUCGGCGUCCUCUUCUUCCUCCAAUCCACAGUUACUGAUAGAAUAGAAGUGAGAUUACAUAGAAGUAGCUCACCGUCUUACUGGGGGGACUUCUUUGCGUGGUUGUUUAAUGGAGUAAAAUUGGUGCCACGGGAGUGGAACUAGAGAAGCCAGUUUCUCCAUUAAUUUAUUAUCAGAAUCAGAUAGAUCCCAUGGAUGCGGCAGUUGCAGAUGUCAGAAAUUUUGUUGUGGGAGAUACUGAUGGUGCAGAAGUGGAUGGCUUUCGGCAUCAAGUUGAUGAGAUUUUUCUGACGGUUGACAAGCUUGAGCAAAGAGUGAAUGAGAUAGAACAGUUCUAUUUGACAUUGAAAAAAAAGCAGCCAAGUGGUAGUAAAGGUAGCUCUAUUGUAAAAGACAAAGAUAAGGACAGACAUGUUCCAAGUCUUAAGAAGCAGCAACAAGAUGCAUCUCGUAGAGAAGCUGCAGCUGCAAAGAGAAUGCAAGAGCUCAUGCGGCAGUUUGGGACAAUACUGCGUCAGAUCACGCAACAUAAGUGGGCCUGGCCUUUUAUGCAGCCAGUGGAUGUGGAAGGUCUUGGAUUACACGACUACUAUGAGGUUAUUGACAAGCCAAUGGACUUCAGUACAAUUAAAAAUCAGAUGGAGGCUAAGGAUAGUAUUGGAUAUAAGAAUGUGAGAGAGAUAUGUGCCGAUGUGAGAUUAGUCUUCAAGAAUGCAAUGAAAUAUAAUGAUGAGAGAAGCGAUGUUCACGUUAUGGCGAAGACUUUGCUCGCGAAGUUUGAGGAGAAAUGGCUUCAACUUCUGCCUAAAGUCACCGAAGAGGAAAAGAGACGAGAAGAUGAGGAAGCAGAAGCGCUGUUGGAUAUGCAACUCGCUCAGGAGGCUGCUCAAGCAAAAAUGGCUAGGGACAUAAGUAAUGAGAUUUAUGAGGUAGAUAUGCAACUGGAAGAGCUCCGAGAAAUGGUCGUGCAAAACUGCAGAAAAAUAUCAACUGAAGAAAAGAGAAAGCUUGGAGUAGCCCUCACCAAAUUGUCUCCAGAAGAUCUCAGCAAAGCAUUAGAGAUUGUAGCUGAAAAUAACCCAAGUUUUCAGGCUACUGCCGAGGAAGUGGAUCUCGAUAUCGAUGCUCAGAGUGAAUCUACGUUAUGGAGGUUAAAGUUUUUUGUUAAAGAUGCCCUUGAAGUUCAAGCUAAGAGCUCGGCAAGCACGGGCGGUGGCAACAACCAUAACCAUACAAGCAGCAAUAAUAUCAACGGUAACAACAAAAGAAAAAAGGAGAUUUGUGAUGCUAUAGCCAGAACAGCCAAGAAAAAAGCCAAAAAGGCCUCUUCUUGAGAUGCAGUGGAUAUGGAAGAGACCAUAGUUUCACCCUUUUUGUAGCUGAAGCAUCACAAGAUUUUGUCCUUAUUUCUGCACAUACUUAGAUCUUGGAUCUUAGUUGCCUUUAGUUGCUGCUUGUUUCUGUAACGCGUUAUAAACGGUAUUUCGGAAGAGAUCGGUGUCUAUGUGAAGAAUUAUUAUUAACAAGCUAACCUAUGAAUAUCGUUUUUUUUCUCUCC